AUGGCCCGUCUCCUCCCUUCGCUCUUUCUGCUCUCUCUCACCGUCAAGAUGGCGUUCUCAUUCCUCAACCCGCAGCCAACAUGUACGGGCUGUCCGACAUGUCAGAAUGCAAACGGAUGUCCUUCAGGCGGAGAGACAGCUGCAGAAACAACCACUCAGGUAUCCAUUUCAAUCGUGCUUUGAGCUCAUUGCUCUUUCUUCGCUCCGCACCACCGUGACCUCUUUUCCAGUCGUCCGAAUCGACAACUCUCGGCUACUACGAGCAAUAUUGGCAGGGGAAUGGCUGGAAGACCGACGACGCCGGCAAUGUGUUCGUCGGCGAUGACAAUGCGAAGCUUCUUCUGAUCCAGCAGGGAUCCUACUGUCCCGUUGCCAUCUGUAAGGGAUGGUUCGGCAUCUGGUGA